GGCAAGGCCAUUUUCACAUGCUUUCGUCAUCCACCGGUCCGGCCUUCAUAAUUUUCAAUAGGGAGAACAUUAGCUGGUACUUCGGUGAUUUAACGGUCUGAAUCACAUACUCCAUUAUGCCUACCAUUGCCGUUAAUAAGGAACAGCUGUUCAGGUCACUCGGAAAGACAUACACUUUUGAGGAAUUCAAUGAGCUGUGUUUUGAGUUUGGUUUGGAAGCAGAGGAGCCGGAAGAAGAGGAACUUCAACAAAACCCAGAGUUGGCACUGGAAUUCAAGGUAGACAUACCAGCCAACAGAUAUGACUUACUGUGUAUUGAAGGAUUGACUCGAUCACUCAAAGUUUUCCUUGAAAAAAUAAAGGCUCCCAGAUACGAAGCAUUGGAACCAAGUGCCAGCCAGUUACAGGAACUUACAGUUCUACCAUCUACAGCCCAGGUCCGCCCGUAUGCUGUAGCUGCAGUCCUCAGAAAUAUAACCUUCACUCCCGAAAGGUACAAAAGUUUCAUCAGCCUUCAAGACAAAUUACAUCAGAAUCUAUGCAGGAGAAGAACUCUAGUUGCUAUAGGAACUCAUGACCUUGACACUGUACAAGGACCCUUCCUGUACGAUGCUCGGCCACCAGCAGACAUUAAAUUCAAGGCUUUAAAUCAGGAGAGAGAGAUGACUGCCCCUGAAUUGAUGGAUCUUUACUCAACUGACAACCAGUUGAAGCAUUUCCUACCAAUUAUCCAAGACAAGCCAGUGUAUCCGGUCAUCUAUGACCAGAAUGGUGUUGUUCUGUCCAUGCCGCCAAUCAUUAAUGGGGACCACAGCAAGAUCACCUGUGACACUCGCAAUGUGUUCAUAGAGUGUACCGCUACAGACCUGACCAAGGCCAAGGUUGUUAUCGACACACUGGUCGCCAUGUUCUGUGAAUACUGUGACAAACCAUUCACAGUGGAGAAGUCUAAGGUCACAAUGCCAGAUGGGAGCUCUGCAUUCUACCCGGAGCUGGGAUACAGGAUGGAGAAUGUGAGCGUAGACUAUAUCAAUCGAAAUAUUGGAAUUAAAGUCGGUCCGGAGGAAACCGCACGCUUACUGACACGGAUGUGUCUGGCGGCCGAGGUGACAGAAGGCGGUGCCCAAGUGAGGGUCGAGGUUCCUCCCACUCGCCAGGAUGUGAUCCACGCGUGUGAUGUUGUUGAGGACGUGGCAAUAUCCUACGGAUACAACAACAUCAAAAAGACCAUUCCCAAUACCAACACAGUAGCUCAUCAGUUACCUAUCAACAAGCUAACAGACCUACUACGACAAGAAAUGGCGGCCGCAGGAUUCACCGAGGUCCUCACUUUCGCUUUGUGCUCAAGGAGUGAUGUGUCAGACAAGUUGCGGAAAACAAUAGAGGAAGCUAACGCUGUUCACAUCGCCAACCCAAAGACAUUUGACUUCCAGAUAGCCAGAUCAUGUUUAAUGCCUGGGGUACUGAAGACCAUCAGUAACAACCGAAGUUUGCCCCUCCCCCUUCGCCUGUUUGAGAUUUCUGACGUGGUGUAUCAGGACACAACCAAAGAUGUUGGAGCAAGGAAUGACCGACGUCUAUGUAUGGUCAACUACAACAAGUCCUCUGGCUUUGAGAUUGUGAAAGGAAUGCUUGACCGUGUGAUGCAGUUGUUAGAGGUUCCCAUGACGACUGAUGACAGUGGCUAUCAUAUCCGAGAGAGUCCUGAUCCAACAUAUUUCCCUGGGAGGAGUGCUGAGAUCAUUCUACGUGGGAAAAGUAUCGGUCGCAUUGGUGUCCUACACCCAGAGGUCAUCACCAAAUUUGAACUCGUUAACCCCUGUGCUGCCCUGGAAAUGACCAUAGAACCUUUCCUAUGAUGAUAUAACCCAGUAACUAUGGAGAAUCAUUUUAUCGUACAGAAAUGUAGAACUGAAAAUAUCUCGCUGUCGACAGAUUAGAGCACCACAUGAUUUUACAUAUUGAGGACUGCACAAAAAAAAAUCUUGAGCCUCAGGUUUUGUGAUUCCAUUAAGAGGACUACUUGAGGUUAUGGCAUGCUGUCUCUAUGGGGACAGAUUUUGACUGGUUCCUCUACAGUGUUGAUGGAACACCACUUUGAUGCAUGACCAGUGCAAUAUAUGACUGACAACUGAUUCAUUAGAGCUACAGGGUGAUCACCAUAAACAUUGAAUUACGUGAAUAUAUGCCAUGGAGCAUAGGAGGUAAACAUGAUACCCGUGAAUAUUAAAGGCCAGAAAAGGGACGUUAAAUGAUUGAUCUAAUUUGUUUUCAAAAUUUGAUCUUGUAUUGUAGGUACCAUACUGCAAUAACGAAUUGAUAAAUAAGUUAGGAUAUCUUUUGUCUUGUUGAUUAUGAUCUUUGAGUAAAAUGUAUUGACUCUUUACGUUUUUGUCUAGUCAACCAACUUUCAGUACACCUGUGGUACAGUACUAUUAUAGCACAUUUAAAUUUCACAGAGUAUCUUAGAAUUUCUGGCUACAUUUUAUUUAUUAGAUCAUUUAUAUAACAUGUCUCACUAUCAUUGAGGUUGUAAAUCAUUUCCAUUUGACUCCUAUGUAAACCAAUUAGCACCACCACUUUUUACAUUCAAAUGUCAAGGGAUAUUGCUUAUAGAUCUAAAAUUCAGAGAGAUUUUGUGGAAAUAAUGUUAGUCCAAGAUAAAAUGCCCAUGGAAUGUAAAUUGGUCCUUUAUUACCAGACUGUUGGACUGUGUGACAUAUAGUGCCAUGAAGGUGAUAUCAUUGUGUCCUCUUUAAACUAAUUAUUAAAAUUGGUUAUUUUUUCCAAUUCUUAAUCCUGUCACUUUAAAUUAGUUUUCGAUUCUUACAAUAAGGUAAUAAUACCACUGAUAUAAAUGCCCAACAUGGUAUUUCCAUCACUGUGUCAAAUACACUGCAACUGACAAUGAAAUCUUCACAUUUUGAAUCACACUUCAAAAGUCAUGUCUGAUGAGCAUGUACUCGGCUUUCUGCCAGUCACCUGCCAUCUCAUUUUCGUGCCCCCCUCUGUUAUAUCACCCGAAAGGUGAUAACAAAUUUAUAAAUCUGUCCUGUGAGGAUAUCUCCUGUCUGAUAGUGUAGUGAAACUGGACUGGGCUGACCUCAGUGGCCAUGUAGUUCAAAUGGUAAGAGCGUCCAUCUAGAGUUAGGAGAUCCAGGGUCCGAGUCCUGGUCUGGUUGUUGCAUUUUCCUCCCCUGUUACGUCAGUAAAGGACCAGGUUACUCGGGACAUUACAAUUUGCUGAAUUGUCAUCUAUUUAUUUGUGCUAAUGUAAUCUAUGUAUUAUACAUAAAUAAACCUUUUAGUAAUAUA